CAGAUAGCUUCUCCCAGAACGUGGAAUUGGAUUUGUGUUAAUUUUUUUUCCUAUCAAAAUGAUUUCCAGACUCCAGCCAGUCCGUCAGUCUGUACUCACAGGUCUAACUUAUAAAGAGUCUGUCGAAUCUUGUGAAUGGGUUAUACUCUAUGAAAUACCCAUCUCAGAUAUAAGAGUACCCUGUGGGAGAAAUCUUCCUCUCAGAUAUCGGGGUCAGGAUGAAAUAAAAAUAGGAAAUAAUGUAUUUGAGCCCAAAGGAUUUCCAUAUUAUUUCGACUUGUUAUGCUACCCUGACGGGGACAGUAAAGAAAAUAAAGGGAAUUGUGAUCUCGGCGAAUACUACUGUGAGGAAUCAGACAAAUGCAUAGACUCAGAAUAUGUCUGUGAUGGCGACAAUGACUGCGGAGAUAACAGCGAUGAAAGUGAGGAGCUAUGCUCAUCCAAUCAUUUUAUGGAAAGAAUCACAUUCUUUCCCUUGGCGACAGAGAAUUUAAGUUCUGGAGAUUGCGAACAUAACCAGGUUUCAUGCUCUGAACAAUCUGGCAGCAAGUGCAUACAUAGAACCUGGGUCUGCGAUGGAGAAUGGGACUGCUUGUAUGGGUCUGAUGAGAUGGACUGCCCAAGAACCCAUGAGCACAUUUAUACGACAUCGCCAAUCAUAAUCGACAUGUCAUCAACUCAAUCACCACAAAGAUGCACCAAUGCUCAAUUUCGAUGUCCCGAGAAAUGCAUUAAUAAAAGUUGGGUUUGCGAUGGCGAAAAGGAUUGCAAAGAUGGCAGCGAUGAAAGUCCGCAGAUUUGUGUUGGGCGAUCUAGUUCGACCCAUCAACACACUUCAGAAAGCGAAAUUUCAACAGUUCGAAUCGCAGAAGCAUCUACAGUUACGCCAAUUGACACAACGAAAGUUAAUGGUCUAACAAACAGUGAAACCAAUAGUCCGGAGGAAAAAUUAUCAGAAGAUUGCGAGUCGCAAACUGAUUCAUCCUCUAUUUGUUUUACUCUAUGGAAUUGGUUUGAGUGCGUGCUUUUUGUUGCCGGAGUGGUCUGCCUCAUCUCACUUGCCGUCUUUCUAUGCAAGAAACGCAGGAGUCGUUCAGCUGGUUUGAAUUCAAGAAAUGCGGAUGAUCGACGUCAAGCUGUCUCAUUUUUGAAUUCCAACAUCGUGCCAGAAUGUCAGCUAGUACUAGUGGGUACACCAGUACAAGUACAGCCAACAGUAGUGCAGUCAGCUGCUGAUCAACCUCCCCCUUACGAUCGACAGCCAUCCCCCGAUCUAACUAGAAUGCCGACAAAAAGUGAAAAUAAUUUAGUGUGAAUAUUUUAAUGUUAAUGUAAAAUAAAAAUGUGUUAAAAGUGC